AUAUUGGCGGGAGCAUGAGAUCUUAUAGCCUAAAAACUGGAAACUAGUGUAAGCGGAAUAAAGUAGUGAUUAUCUUUGUGAAUUGGAGUGAUUAAAAUUUCCAUUAUUGUUGAUGAUUUAAUUAUGUCUCUUGAUAUUAAUGACUGCAUUAUGUCUGGGCAAGCAGAGUACAGUAAAAGGGGAAGACCCAAAUCGUCUGCUAUUAUCUCACUUAUUUCAGAAGGCAACAAAUCUGAUAGCCUUUUGAAAUGUUCAUUCUGCCAAAGAGUUUUCCCUAGAAGAAAAUCGCUGAAUUCUCACAUAAGGACUCAUACAGGUCAUCGUCCAUAUCAGUGCAACUUUCCAAGGUGUGGGAGGGCAUUCAAGCAGCCUGGCCAACUAAAAACACAUGAACGCAUUCAUACUGGAGAAAGGCCCUAUAAAUGUCCGGAACAAGGAUGCUUGGAGCGUUUCCGACAUGCCAACCGAAAGUGUCGUUUGCACAAACGUUCUUCGGUCCGUCUAGAAACUCAUGACGAACCAAUCAAAACAUUGGAUUUACAACCUUCUGCAUCCCAAGUGAAAAUGUGCCUGGAUAGAAAGUUGGUCAGAACAGAUUGGUUUUCGUCUCCCAGCAGAGAGUCUAAUGAAUUAGAAGAUGCACAACAUCAAGUAUCGUUUAACUCAUCUCUGACCUCAGACUUGGACGGAAGCUCAGAAGAGAGUUUUCUGGAUCAGACGCCGCCUAGCUCGGAUUUGCAUCGUGUGCCAAGUUGCAAGAUAGAAAAUGUCGGGAGAACAUCUAGAGAGAACGAUAAUCCUCUGAGUGGCAGUAAGGUAAUGCCUAAGAAGAGGUGGCUAAGGGCCCUCGACAGAGAGAAAGCUUUAUCUGAGAAGCCCACUGAUCACAACUCCAACAGCUCGACUAGAAAUUUAAAUUUCGGUCUUCCGCCUAAACUAUCGUGGAAAUACCAGCAGAAAAUGAUGGAGGAACAUCACUGUGUGGGAUCCCAGGAGUAUGAUCUUGAAAAUAUUGUAUACUCCGAGAUCUUCAGUUAUAGCUUUUAAUAACGCCCUCGAUUUAAAAGAGACGAGAAUAUUGCAUUGAUGAUAUUAUUUUUCAGAAAUAUUCUGAAGCUUUUAAAAAUAGUUACUAAUGAUUGGAAAGAUAUUAUUUUUGAUUAGACAUCUUUUAAACAUCACAACUUUUACAAAAACAUUGAUUGUAAAAAGUCGUUUGUAUGAUUUUACUCUCGUUUUUUUUUUAAUUUAGCUACAGCUAUCAAUGAUGCCCUUGAUUGGGAAGAGAAAUCAAAUUUCUUGUACAAUUUGUUAAUAGUUCAUAUAUAUUAAUAUCAUUGAAAUGGAAUAUUUUAAAUGUUAAUUUUUUAUUGUUUAUUAUUAGUUGUUGAAUAAAUUUUAUGUAAUUAAUUUGUCUUGGAUUGCUAUUCUAGUUUCUCUGCUCAUUGAAUAAAAUAUUUAGUCUUAAUUAUAAGGUUAGGCAAGGAAGUAUGACUGAUUUGAAAUAUGGCCAACUGCUAACUGCUAAUCAAACUCGAAUUUUAUUUUUCGACUGCCUACCUUUGAUGUUACUACCAUGAAAACAGAGAAAUUGAAACCUUGGCUAUGAAUAAAAAAUAACAUUGUUAAAUAAUGGCCAUUUCCAACUAUAAAUUAUUCCUGUAAACAAUGUGAUGAUUUAUAAAUUCUAGCCUGCAGAAUUUCAUUACAAGAGUUCAUUAACGAAGGUACAUACAAAAUUGAAAACGUGAGUAAAAAAUAUAGGCCAAUUGCUUAAGGAACUUUAGUUGUUCUACAAGAAAUUCUUCAGAUGAGUAUUGACAAAUUCAAACAACGUUUACAGAUGGAAAUGUCAUUUAACACAUAUUUUUAUGAUUAUCACUGUUUCAAUUUUCCUUUUAUAUGUGUGAAAGUGUGAACUGUUUGCUGAUAAACUCAGCUUCUAUUUUUCACAUAGGAUCACGCCUAUAGAAGCUUUAUUUGUCCGUGGGUCAUUGGGUCAUAGAUGAGACAAUGACAAACAAAAAGCCAUACGCUUAGAGGGAUUCGAACCCACGACUCUUCCAGCAACGGUUAAUCAAAGGUUGAUAGCGCCUUGAGCUGGAUUCUCACAAUCCCACAUAUCAGUAUCAGAGUCUGUGUCCGUUUCAGAGAAAAUAUUCUUUUCAUGAGUUCUAAUGGGACUAUUCCCAUUUAGCCCGGCAGAGCACUUAUGAGGAGUUCCAUUCGAACUCAAGGGAAGACUAUUUUAACUGAAUGGACACGGACUCUGAUCCUGUCAUGAUAUUACAUACAGUAUUACCAUUCACCACUCAACAAAUAAUGUAGACAAACGACACGUAUCGACUACUGCCUCUAUAGCCUAUUUAUAUUGAGUAAAUAACAUGAUAUUUUGUGUUCUCAAUAUUUAUGACCAAAUCUAUCCAGUAAAACGGCUGGUCAUGCAUUGACAGGAUUGAUAAAGAGUUGAAUUGACUUUCGAAUUAAAAAUCAAGAAUUGAUAAUCUAAGGCUGGCCACUAACGAUAGGACAUGCAUGAUACAUUGUUGUGUCAUCACAGCGAAAGGCUUAGAGCAACAUUUUUUGAGGCUAGGUUUUUGUAUUUCUGAUUUGCUGCUGUUUAUUUUUUCUUCGCUGCUCUGAGGUAAAAUUAUUUUUUAUCAUUAUAAUUUGUAAUUUUCCAAUGGUGGAAAUUUAUUGUUAUUGGUUGUUUAUAAUAUAUUUUUUGUUAGAAGCCUAUCGCUGAUGACAAAACAUGCAUGUCCUACCGUUCAUGGCCAGACUUAUAUACGCUAUCGAUUUUGUUUCAAGAGUCGAUACCAGUGUUUGAACAUCCACAUUAAUAUCAUAUAUUUCAAAAUCAAUCAAGGGAUCAAAAUCACUAUCGAUGCUCAAACAACGAAACAAUAGGAUCAAUUCUGAGAACGAAAUCGAUGUAUUCAAGUACCAUAUUGAAAAUUGCUUUCGUUUUCAAAGACUCAACCAAGACCAUUCGAAAGUUCAAAGUCAAUACUCGUUAGCAAUUUUGUUUAUUUAUUUCAGUUUUAGUAUUUGAACAUUCAUUUUUUACUCGUUAUAAUAAACUAUGUUUCUGCAACACUUCUAGACUCAAGUAAGGCGAUUGAUAUUGUGGAUCACGCUAUUCUCCUUGAGAAGAUAAAAUACUAUGGAGUGAGGGAUAUUGAAUACAAUCUUUUGAAAUCUUACUUGAGUAACAGGUUGCAAACCACCAAGAUAGGGAAUAAAAAGUCUGGGCUACUUGAUAUUAGAAAUGGGGUCCCACAGGGCUCGGUCCUCGGUCCUUUUCUUUUUCUGGUCUAUAUAAAUGACCUUCCUGAUUAUGCAACUGAGGGUGAAUGUAUAUUAUACGCAGAUGAUACUACAUUUCUGAUAAAUGAUAAAGAUCCAGGAAAGCUUGGCCAGAAAA